GUGUGUGAACAGUAUUUGGGCUACUUUCUCUGUGAAUUUGCUACUUUUAGGGAAUCCUUGUGCUACUUUUGAUGAGUCUGAUCUGGCAACACUGAGUCCAGACCAUUCAGUGUGACGCAAGACACGGUGAGGAGAAGACGUCAUGGCGUUCUCCAACAGAGUGCACGGCUCCCUGGCUUUCCUGUGUUUCCUGCUUCUAGCGCCCGUAGGAAAACGAGCGAUUGCGUUGGGCCAGGUUGUCUUCCCCACCUACGAGCCGUGCAGACUAGAGACGGGCGCGGUGGGAGACUGCUUACCGCUCACAGACUGCCCGGCCGUGGUGCAGAGUUUCAGAGAGCGGCGGCCCGUCAGAUGUGGAUUCGAAGGGUCAACUCCACUCGUCUGUUGUCCAAAGCGUCAAGACAGCGUCACCGGCCCUCCGCAGCCAGCUCUGGACAUCUCUCCUCCGUUAGGCUACGACGCACUGGACUGCGGGACGAAUGCAACCAGAAGAAUUGAGACCUUUAGGAAACCUUUCAGUUCUCCGGUGUUAAGUAUCAACCGUCAGAAGAGAGCGGAUGUCCCGUUAACAGCACAACUUAAGCUCCUUGGAGUCAACCAGCCAUUCGUUGUUGGUGGAAAAAUCUCCUUCAUCGCUGCGUGGCCGUGGAUUGCUUUGCUGGGACAGAAGGACGCUGCUGGCACCAACUGGUUCUGUGGCGGCACCCUUAUCAACGAGCAAUGGGUUCUUUCAGCGGCUCACUGCUUCAGGGACUUCAAGGCCGAGGUGGUCCGUCUGGGUGAACACGAUUAUGAGGACGACAACGACGGGGCUCUCCACAGUGACUUCGGUGUUCUGGAUGUGGUGAAUUACCCAGAGUACAGCCCCCCAGAGGCAUACCACGACCUGGCCCUGCUCAAGCUUGACUCAAAGGUCCAGUUACAGAAGUUCAUUCUCCCAGUUUGUCUGCCGUUUGGAAAAAAGAUUGAGAACAUAAUUGAUGCAGUAGCGACGGUCGUAGGAUGGGGGGAUACCUUGAAUGGCGGCUUUCCGAGUUCAGUCUUGAUGGAGGCAGACGUGCAAGUGUUCCCUUCAUCCAGGUGUGACCGCAGCUACUCUGACAUCCCUGAGUACCCGAGCAAGUGGCCCCGCGGCAUUGGGGAAGAGACGUUGUGUGCGGGAGACCUCAAGGGGGGGAAGGAUGCCUGUCAGGGUGACUCCGGAGGGCCCCUGGUAUCACGAGACGGCCGCGGACGCUUCGUGCUGGCGGGAGUCGUGUCGCGAGGCUUCGGCUGCGGCCACGUGGACUUCCCCGGCCUGUACGCCAACAUACGACACGCACCUUACCUUGCCUGGAUCAAGAAGGUCGCGUUCUAAUACGACAACUAGGAAUGUAAUAACUUGGUGGUUGAGGGAUCAGGGCAACGUUGCCACAUUGUCGUACACUGAACAUUGGAUUUAUCAUUCUUAGGCUCCAAGACUGUCGUAACCACACAUUGACGACAGGAAAUUAAAGUUAGCGUUCAAACUGUUAAAUAGUGAUGGAUUUCGUUCUUUUUUGCUAUAGUUAUCGGUCAGAAACUACGAAAAUGCAAUGCGCUGAGUACGAUAAUUGGCAACGCUGGAUCAGGGUCACAGAGGCAGAGUGGCAGCGGUACUGUCUGGCCAGCCUUGUUCUCUCUCUCUCAUUCCCUUUUCUCUCUCCUCCUUCUCUUCUGCCUCCGUGGUCCAGCGGUCACCGUGCCUAUACCCACAAACCCGCUGGCCCAAGUUCACAUAUCCCUCCACCACCACCAGCAUCACCGCCUCUACUUCUACUGCGUUUCUCUCUCUCUGUCUCUCUGUCUCUCUCUUUCUCUUUCUCUUUCUCUCUCUCUCUCUCUCUCUCUCUCUCUCUCUCUCUCUCUCUCUCUCUCUCUCUCUCUCUCUCUCUCUCUCUCUCUCUCUCUCUCUCUCUCUCAUGAUGGGUGGGGCUGAAUGUAAUGGUGUAUUGUGUCAAGCCAUACAUACAAUAAACUCUUUUAGUCAGUCCCCAGUAGUAUUCCUAAACUGUCAAACUCUUUAACGGGUCAUUUUAUAAGACACAACAACAACACUUUUUUUCCAUUCCUUUUCCUUCCUUUUUUUUUCUUAGGCAGGUUUCAUUUUUCUUUCUUUCUUUCGUUUCCUUUCUAUUAUCCUUUAUUUUCUUCCUUCCUUCCUUAGGUUAUCUGUCAUUUCUAAUUCUUUCUUCGUUUUCUCUUUUUUUUCCUUUUCUUUCUUCCUUCUUCCCAUCUUUCUUUAUUUCUUUCCUUCCUAUUUUCCUUCCCUCUUCUUCCCCUUCCUUCCUCUCCCUAGUUUUAUAUUCUCUGUAUGCUUCGUUCAGUGCAACACGCAAGACUUCCCAUUCAAGAUUGUACCCUGCAGCCGGCCAACAUUCUAAUGCAAGUGUUAAUCAAAGUCUUCGCUCUUUCAUCUUAUCGCUGGUAGACUUUUCAGUGCAAGAGUUAUUUAAUAAACGUUAAAGCUUAG